UUCGGCUCCGGGUGGAUUUGGAGCGGGUUCUGGUGAGGAACUGGAAGAUGCUCGGCCUGUGCUGUGUACAAAAGGGCUUGCAGGAGUCUGUUUGUCCCAACUAAUGGGGCGAGAGGAGGGAGAAGGAACCCUUUCUUCGGAACUGUAGUGAUGCAAGACCUAAAGGGCGGAGGAGGCGAGACCGAAGCAGGAAGACACCUAGUAACUAAGGAGGAAACCCGAACUUGGGGGAAAAAAAGAAGAGCGCCGAGGCACUGCCAGGGGUGGGGGUGGGGGGUAAUAGAAAAGUAUUUGUUAAGAGCCCAGUUUGGGGUUUAGAUUUUCUUCCUCUUGCUUUUAAAGAAGUCUAGGUGGUGGUGGUGGGGGGGUGUGCAUAAGAGCGGCUAAGCGUUCUGAUCAUGCAUGGAGGAAAUAGCAAAAGCAGGCUUUGAUUGGAUGCUCCGUCCUUGGCACACAAUCCUACAGUCCAGCUUGUGCUGAGCCAAGACUUUUGGACCAUGUCAGUCCCUGCAGAAGUCAGAAGUGGUCAUGGGAUCCCUGGAGCUGGAGUUACAAACACUUGUGAGCUGCUCUGCAUGGAUGCUGAGAUACAAACUUUGGUCUUUCUAAGAGCAGAAAGCCCCACCCUUAGCUGCCAAGCCAUUCUUCCAGCCCCUAAUGUGUUCUUAAUAGUUUAUCAGAACAUGGUGUCCACACAGCUGCUCCAUCUGGGAUUUUAGCAAACAGUAAAGUGGUCAUUGUAUAGGUUCAAAUUGGGUUUCUAUAUGGCUGUGUUUUACCAACAUGAUCAGAAACUUUCUUCCCAUGUAUUCCUGCCCCUUCACCCCCUCUGAAUUUGAAGUCUACAUAGUCUCCAAACAAUGGAUAAGGAAAGCCCCAGGCUUCCUCCAAUUCUUUUGUAAGGAACGAUUUCCUGCUAUAUUCAGGCCAAACCGGACUUCUUUUUAUUUCCUGCAGAAGUGAAAGCAGACAGACUAGGCUUCUCAGAAACAGCCUGGAUGUCAAGACCCCAGGUGCUUUCCUUUUUGACAAGGUUGGAAUUUGGUUUGUGCAGUUGUUUGUACAUGAGGCUGUUGGGAAGUUUUUUCAAGUCCCAAGAUUAUGAAUAUUGGGUUGGAAUGCUUUUAUGCUAGCUGCCAUUUACAAAACAAACUCUAUAGCAAGCUUCACUGCAUAUAGCAACAGGGAUCACAUAGUUCACGUAGAACAGAGGCAGGACCUUCAAGUUAGGAAAACAAUUGGCACUGUGAAUGUAGGUGUUUACUGAGCACAAAUACUUUGUAUACAAAACUCUUCGAGAUGUACAGGAGAGUGUGAAGACUCAUUUGACCUAGUCACUGCCCUAAGAGGGUUCACUGCCGUGAGUAAAAUGGACUCCUCAGAGAAUGGAAGAAUGGAGGAAAGCAAGAACCCUAGACAUUACAUGACAGCACCCCAAGAUUGCCAACAAGAGCAUUAGGGAACAUAACAAUGAGGAAUUUAUUUAAACGGUUAAUACGUGAAAUGGAUUCAGAUUAUUAAAGCAUGGGCUUGCAGUUUUCUUACUCAUAAUUGUUUCCUGAUAUGCUUUCUAUUAUUUUAAUGAACUCUGGUAUCAGUUACAUAUAUUUUUUUAAAAGAUAGGGAGUAUCACAAUGAUUAGCCUCAAACUGAUGAGACCUGGGCCAUAGCACCUCAAGUACUGUGACUUGAAGGGUAUGCCACCACACAAGCUCCUACGCAAGUCUUAGAGAUCUCAGGGUGUCUUUUCAGAGCUCUGCUUUGACCCCUGUCACUAAGAAUUCUCUGAGUCAUGAUCAGCAUCAUUUUGUGAAGUUUCAGAAGAACUGUACUUGUCUUUAACAGAGUGGGCAAUUAUAUAUUGAUUAUAAAUAUUAUUUUUACCUAAUUCCUCUCAUUUGUUGUUCCACUCAUUUUUACCUCAUUUAAAAUCUCACACUAUUAUUUGGUACAUUUCUUCAUUUCAAUUCUAAAAGGUUUCUAAAAAGUUGCCUUUGCUGGGUAUUUUUUUUUUUUUGCAGCAAUUAGGGAAGUAACAAAUAUGGUGAGUUUUAGUGUUGUGUACUUUCUCUGAAAAAUUAGUUGAUUUAUCUGAAUUGCCAAUGUUAUUCAAAUUGGGUUGUCAGAAUUCUUAUUUUUAAAUGUUCUUUGCUGAUCACAAAUUGUUUUUAUAAUUUUCAUUGCAUAUACUUAUUAUACAUGUUGUGUCAUGAUAGGAUAUGUUCAUAUAAGCAUAUCUUGCAUGUUUAGCAUGCUCCCAUGCUCCCAUCAUUCUCAGCAUGCCUGCCCCCUUCCAUUAGUCCUCUUUGUUUCCCUAAACAGUUACAUUUUUACUUUUAUGUCAUAUAUACAAAUGUAAUUUUAUAUAUCUAUAUGCAGUCUAGGAGUUCAAUAUUAAAGAAAGCUGCACAUAUGAUGCCAAUACUAUUCUGUGAAAUUCUGGAUAUGUCAGUCAUUAAUGCCUUAAAAUAUCAGUGUCCUUAGCAUCAUUUGGAAGAAUGACAGACAGAAGUAUCGCAGGGUCUAACUCACAUUGAUGGAUUCGACCUUCCUCUGUGCGAAGUUCCUCUCAUGAAGUGUGUGAGACCCCAAAGGCUAAGAAUGCUGCAUGGAGACUACAUGGGCCUGUGUCUAUGGAAUAGACAAGUACCGUUUUCAGUGCAAGCACCAUGAGAAAAGGCCCCACACCUCUCUCAUGCUUAUCUGUGUCACCAGUCCUGUCCAUAGUAAGCAUUUCAUUCCAAUUCAAGAGCAAAAUGUGCUCUCUCAGUCAAAUAUCUCCAUCAGCUUGAUUAGAAAAAAACAGCAUUGCUCAAGAGAAUUUUCUGUAUGUGCUGAUGUGACAAUGACUGCCUCCAUGUAGAUUUUAUUGUACUUUCAUUUCAGUUUAGAAGCCACAUUUAUUUAGUUGCUAUCAUAUUGGUGAACACAGAACCAGUUUGCUUGGUAAUUUAAAAAGGAGUUUUACCUUUUGCCCCUUUCCUCUUUCCCAACAAGAAAAUGUCAUAGACAAAGUCUAUUAUAAAUGCUGGUGACAUCCACAGCUUAGCCCUACAGUGAUGACAGGUCUACAUUUCUUCAGAGCUGAAGCAGGUCAUUGCUAUCUCAUGAUGCUGUGGCCUAAACAGUGAGCAGAAGGACUGGAAGGGACUCAGGUGGUCCAUUGACCUUGAUGCCUCCUGAAAGCGUUUUAACCUUGGAACAGCUGAACACGUAGGAACAGAACUCUGCUACUUGUUCCACAAAACUGGGAUCAAUGUCAUGAUUUUGCAGAGAUCCCAACUGGCCAAGCUUCUUCCCAUGUGCUGGCCACUCAAAGACAAAGCAUUUCUUUGGAAAGAAUUUACAGAUACAAAGCUGUGGCAGAUUUAACUUUUUCUUUUUCUUUUUGGUUGGUACCUACAUGAGGUGAAAAACAGAAUUUUCCAGCCAGUACCUAGAAGGGAACAAGCUGGCACAAUGGCAUCAGAAGUCCACAUUCAAGGACCUGUGUGCCUCAUUGAGAAUAUGAAAGGACAACUGAUACCUAACCAGGAAGCUCUGAGGAUCCUGUCUUCCAUCAAUCAGCCAGUGGUAGUCGUGGGUAUUGCAGGCCUCUACUGCACAGGCAAAUCUUACCUUAUGAACAAACUGGCUGGGAAGAACACAGGCUUCUCUCUGGGCUCCACAGUGCAGUCUCACACCAAGGGGAUCUGGAUGUGGUGUGUCCCUCAUCCCCAGAAGUCAGACCACACCCUAGUUCUGCUUGACACAGAGGGCCUGGGAGAUGUGGAGAAAGGUGACAACCAGAAUGACUGCUGGAUCUUUGCCCUGGCUGUACUUCUGAGCAGCACCUUCGUGUACAACAGCAUGGGAGCCAUCAACCAGCAGGCCCUGGACCAGCUGCACUAUGUGAUAGAGCUGACAGACAGAAUCAGAACAAGAUCCUCACUUGAUCAGGAUGAGUUGGAGGACUCAGAUGAAUUUGUGAGCUUCUUCCCAGACUUGGUGUGGGCUCUCAGGGACUUCUCUCUCAAGCUGGAAUUAAAUGGGGAGUCCAUCUGCCCAGAUGAAUACCUAGAGAAUUCACUGAAGAUACUUCGAGGUACUGGCCAAAGAGAUAAAGAACAAAAGCUGAAUCUCCCUCGGCUUUGUAUCCAUAAAUUCUUCCCAAAGAAGAAAUGCUUUGUCUUUGAGCGGCCAGCACAUGGGAAGAAGCUUGGCCAGCUGCAAUCGCUGCAGGAUGAAGACCUGGACUCAGACUUCUUGGAACAAGUGGCAGAGUUCUGUUCCUACGUGUUCAGCUGUUCCAAGGUUAAAACGCUUUCAGGAGGCAUCAAGGUCAAUGGACCACAACUAAAGAGUUUGGUGAUAACCUAUGUGAACACCAUCAGCAGUGGGGGUCUGCCCUGCGUGGAGAAUGCUGUCCUGGCUUUGUCCCAGACAGAGAAUGCAGCUGCAGUGCAAAAGGCCAUUGCCCACUAUGACCAGAGGAUGAACCAGAUGUUGCAGCUGCCCACAGAGACCCUCCAGGAGCUGCUGGAUCUGCACAGGGCCAGUGAGAAAGAAGCCACCAAGAUCUUCAUGGAAAAUUGCUUCAAAGAUGUUAAUCAAGUGUUCAAAAUGGAAUUAGGGACCAAGCUAGCAACAAAGCAAGAUGAAUUCCUUAAGAAGAAUCUACAGGCAUCCUCAGAUCGCUGCUCAGCUCUGCUUCAGGAUAUUUUUAGUCCAUUAGAAGAAGAUGUGAAGCAGGGGCUUUAUUUCAAACCAGGGGGAUACCAUCUUUUUAUCCAGAAGAAAAAGGAGUUGAAGAAAAAGUACUGCGAGGAACCUGGGAAGGGGGUACAGGCUGAAGAAGCUCUGCAGAAGUUUUUGCAGUCCAAGGAGGAUGUGACUGAUGCAAUUCUACAGAUAGACCAGGCUCUGACAGAAAAGGAAAACAAGAUUGAAGUGGAGCGUGUAAAAGCUGAAGCUGCCCAGGCUACAGUAAAGUUACUAGAGGAAAGGCAAAAGAAAGGUGAUGAGUUGAUGAAAGAGAAAGAGAUGUUUUACCAGGAGCAACUGAAAAAUUUGACUGAGAAGAUGGAGAAGGCACAGGCCCAGCUGAGGAAGGAGCACCAGCGGGCCACUGAGCACAAACUUCAGGAACAGGAACGACUACUAAAUGAGAGAUUUCAGCAGGAGAACAAAAUCAUUCAGGAUGAGAUAAAGAAUCUCCAGGAAAGGAAAAGCACGUGCAAAUGGGUGGUAAGAUAAAGGCAUAAAGAGUUGUGCCAUCCUGCCACUCAAAGCAGAGUUGAGCAGGGAGUAAAUCUGGAACAAGAGUCAAUCCAAUUGAAUAAAAUUGGGCCUUGCAUCAGAAACUAAAAAUCUGCAAAGAAGUUCAGUGAGAUCACUAAGGAGGUCAUUGACAUCUCUACCACAGGAGAGGUAUCAAUAGCACUGCUCAGAACAAAGUCCCCUUUCCAGACUCAUCUCAAGGAUACAAAUGGACACUGAGCACAUUCAUAUAUGGUGGCUCAUAAGUAGGAACCAAGUUGUCCAGUGGUGUGAUGGUCUGAAAGACAGGGAUUGCCAGCCUCAUCCCUUAGUGAAGACAACAUAAAGUUCUCCAUUGUAUCAAAAGUGUUCAAACUCUCACCAAUGGCAUGAUUUGUGGAUACUGCUAAAGAACAAACCUAUCAACACACUCCAAAUAAAUCAAGACACCUGCAUGGAAAUCUAGAGUCCAUAGAUGAUGGAAGAAACCAUUAGCUUGACAAGGAGCUGGAUCACAGGUGCAUGGGUGAAGAAGGAAAUGUCCCAGUUUAUGUAGAUGGAAACUGUAACCAGCAUUUCCCAACUCUGAGUUGACACUGAUUAUGUAGAAACAUGAUGACAACUAAGCAUAAUGUAGAGCAAUAAUUUCAAAGAUGAACUUUAAAUGAUGAUGCGUAAUCUGUAGAUAUCAAAGGCACUUUAAUGAUUUAUCUGUAACAAUAAACUUACACUGCUCUUUUCCUAUUAUCAGCUGCUAUAUUUGAAAUCCUGUUGAUUUUUCUCCAAAUACAAUAAAAAUUAUUUUCCCA